CAUACUGCCCCGAUAUAAACCCCUACCGACCAAUCAGGUUGGGGGAUGUGUGAAUGUGGAGAACGUCCUAAACAUGACGGAUAAUCCCGACCACGUGGGCCCCAUGAUUGAGGGGGCUCUGCUGGCCGUAGUUGUGGAGGGAUCCUGUCUGACCGUCCUGCCCCCCCAACAUUACUUCAUCGACUACAUCUACAGAUCAUACGGCAACACGAGCCUCAACGUCACCGGACUCCGCAACCUCAUGAAAACAAUAAAACUGCUGAAUGAAGAUGAUCACGACCACGAGGACCACGACGAGGACCACAGCAACCAGACAGAUGGACAUCAGAGACGCAGGCGAAGCUUGAGAGAAAGUGACGUUCACAUACAUCACUGGGAUCAGACCUGCUUUAGUCCGGAGGAGAUCCUGACCAUACAUGGGGUGGGAGGAGAUGAGGACAUUUCGGCAGAGAAGUUCGGAGAUAUUGGCAGCAGUCUCAUCCAGCAGCAGCUGAUCGGUCUCUGUCCGGAUGACCACCAGCACCAGGACCCCGAUGGACAGCUGACCACCGCUCAGAAAUACCUGUACGGCAGUAUCGCCAAUCUGGUGGUGUGUCUGUGCUCGCUCUUUGGCAUUGUGGUCCUGCUGUGCACAACCUGCAGUGCCGCCUAUCAGUAUGUCAUCCAGUUCUUUGUCAGCCUGGCGGUGGGGUCCCUGACUGGAGAUGCCAUUCUGCACCUUAUCCCACAGUUCCUUGGCCUCCACUCACAUGGUGACACCGAGGACCACGCUCACAAUGAUGAAGACGCCCAAUCUCAUACUUGGAAACUUCUGGUGGUGUUGGGGGGUCUCUAUUCAUUCUUUCUCCUGGAAAAGUUCUUUGGGCUCCUGGUGAAGGAUGAGGACGAUGAUGAUGUUGAAGGCCACGGACACUGUGACCACGGGGUCUCCCUGCAGAACUUCCAUGAGGAGCAGAAGAAAAGGAAACAGCAGAAGCAGUCUAUAUCCCAGACUGACCUGGUCAGCCCAGAUGUGGAGUUUCAGAAGAGUGCGCCCCCGGUGAGGAGUCGUGAGCUGCGGAUGAUCCCCUACAUGAUCACCAUCGGAGACGCCAUUCACAACUUCGCAGAUGGUUUGGCCAUGGGGGCGGCGUUCUCCACAUCAUGGAAGACCGGCCUGGCCACCACUCUCGCUGUCUUCUGCCAUGAGUUGCCACAUGAGCUGGGUGACUUUGCUGCUCUCCUGCACUCGGGGAUCACGGUCCGCAUGGCUCUGGUCCUUAAUUUCGGCAGUGCUCUAACUUCAUUCAUCGGUUUGUACAUCGCCCUUUCCAUCUCGGCAGAUGAAGCCAUUCAGCACUGGAUAUUUACAGUGGCCACGGGACUCUUUCUUUACGUGGCUCUGGUGGACAUGCUGCCAUCGAUGAUGAAUGUGAAGGACCGCCGGCCGUGGCUGCUCUUCAUCCUCCAUAACUUAGGCCUCCUGAUCGGCUGGGGCAUCCUGCUCCUCCUCUCCAUCUACGAGGAGAACAUUAUUGUAUGAUGGUCAUCAUGACCCUGCCACCAGUCUAACCCGGAUGUACCCAGAUACCCCCAGAACCAUCCUCACUACCUAAUCAUCUUACCAAUAAUGGGGGGGUCCAUCUACUUCAUCAUCCUUCCAAGGACAGGGGGGAGGGGGGUGUCCAUCUGAGAUCAGAGAAUAUGCAGUAAAUGUAACUUGAGUCAUCCUGAUAAAGUAACUGAAACCAAUAUUGCUGCCAUUACAGCCCAAAUGGGUUUAACCAGGAGCCCGAAUAUCAUAAAGCAAUAUUAGGAGGACGAUGACCUAAUGGUCCUGAUUGUUAUCCAUGUGUCCUGUGGCCUCUGUAGAGGCUGAGAGAAAAGACCAUCCAUGUUUUGCUGUCUGGUACCAGAUGUCUUGUUAAGGUGGCUUUAGGCCAUGGGCAUCAAGGGCUUUCCUUGGGUCCCUCAAGACAUGAACUAAAAGGGGUACUCCGGCAAUAAUACAUCUUGUCCCCCCCAACCACGGUCUUCAGAUGUCUUGUUGCAGAUGCCAACAUUGAAGUCUUUUGUGCUACAGAA